GUUGGCUGCUAAAAAUAAUAUAAUUGUUAUUAAAUUUUAUUUUAAUUAUAUUCUUAACUGAAAGCCCUUCGCCAUGGACAAUUUGACUAAGAAAAAUUUCCUCGAAGCAUAUUUGGCCAAGCAAAAGGAGUUGGGUAAACGUCAGCGAGAAUAUAAAAAGAUUCUGUCGACAAAAUUAAAGAGUCGCAAGGAGACCAUUAUCGAGGCUAGCUAUCAGAAUGCCAUCGAUCAGUUGAAGCUCGAAAAGGAUGAUUUGAGAGCACAAAUUUGGGUGGCCAAUGGUCUGACACACGUACGCGAAAAUAAGCGUUGUCUGUACAAUAUCAAAUGUCAUAUUGAAUGUCAGGAACGGCUGUCGAACGAAAAUCGCAAACUUAAGGUGGAUGUUGCAAAUUUGGAACGGGAGAUAAGUCGAGUGAAUAAACAAAUCUAUGAAUUGAAUCGUAAAACCGUGCCGGAGACCCAACAUCAGGCCCAUGUGGCCAAGACGCGUAAGAAAUUAAUGAUAUUGGAAAAUCAACUUGAGGUGGGGAUACGCAGAGAAUGUAGUUUUACUGCCAUUAAUGCAGUAUUGCGGGAGGAAUUAAUAAAAAUACUCAAUCAUCGUACGUUUUUCAAUGAAUCUUAUUCGAAAUUGGUUCAGAAGCUAAAUAGUGACAAAAAAUAUUUAAUUGAAUUGAUCGAAUACGCCCUGGGUACCUUUGACAAUUGCAUAGAUAUCUAUGAGAAAAUUGACAAUCUGGUGAAACGAGAUAAAAAAGAAAAGGAUAUGCGCAAAGUAGAAAUGCAAGGUCUGAUGAGAAAAAUUGCUGCCGAAACAGAUACAAAUGAAUUUAUGGAUACCAAAGGCAAGGCACGAGAAUUGGCUGAUUUACAACCCAAGGAGUAUGCGCGUCGUGAAAAGUUUCGCCAAUACCACAAAAAGAAAAUCAAUUUGUACAACAAGAUUUUGGAGAAAAUUCAAGACUAUACCCAGACACAAAAUGUCGAAAAGGUCAUUGAAAAAUUCCAGCAGCAGGAGAGUCUCUACUAUUCCUAUUUCAAUUAUGCCAACGAACUAAGCUAUCACAUGACUCUUUUAACGAAUUCGGUCAAUCGUCUUUACAAUGACAUCGACUCAUUGAAGAAAACCAAUUUGAAUUCUCUCCAGGAUCAAUACGAGACCAUAGAACGUCUAGAGCAAACUCUGGCCGAAAAGCAAAAGAAAAAUUCGGAAUUACAAAAGGUUCGUGAGUCGAAUGAUCAGCGUUUGGAUAGUCUCCUAAAGGGUAUUGAAACACUUUUUAAAUUGUCUCAAUGUGAUGCCUCUCCGCUUAUGGUAUUGCUCGGUAAUCACAGUCACGUUGAUUUGGUCAAUGUGCGAAGGUUCCUAAAGAUUUUGGAACGUCGUAUAUUCGACAUAACGGCCAGUGUUUAUGUUUUGGAGCGAAGGGACGAGAGCAAGGCAUUUGGCGAUUAUGUUGUCAAACAAAUUGAAAAGAUUUGUGAAUGGCCCACCGAACUCAAUGAUAUUGUUCUGACUCAACAGUGUCCCGAGUGUGCCGAAGGUGAAGCCUUCAAUAUGGAUGAGGCGGGUGAUGGUGGCGUUGCGGUACACACUGUUGAGGAGGCCAAACAUAAGUUAUAUGAAAAGGUCGCUCAGCCCGAAAUGCAAUAUCGUCUGCACAGCAUUAGCCAGUGUCGUCUGCCGCGGUCACGCAUAUUGGCUGCCAAGAGGAACGCUUAGAAUAUUAAUAUUUACCAAAAUACAAAUAUCAGAAACUUCUAUAAUAAAUAUGUUUGGAUCAUAAA